CUUCCUUAACUCCGCUCACGCUCCUCCAGUCGCUUCGGUGGUAGAGGUGACCUGGCUCUCUGAGGCUGGUUGUGCAGGUGGAAAAAUGCCCUCGCCGUCCCCAAUCAUGUCUGAACCAAUCAGAGUGCUGGUGACUGGAGCAGCGGGUCAGAUUGCAUACUCCCUGCUGUACAGCAUUGGAAAUGGCGCUAUUUUUGGUAAAGACCAGCCCCUGAUCCUCGUGCUGCUGGACAUCCCCCCCAUGAUGGGGGUCCUGGAGGGCGUCCUGAUGGAACUGCAAGACUGUGCGCUUCCCCUCCUGAAAGAUAUCAUUGCCACUGAUAAGGAAGAGGUUGCCUUCAAAGACCUGGAUGUGGCCGUUCUCGUGGGCUCCAUGCCAAGAAGGGAGGGCAUGGAGAGGAAAGACUUGCUGAAAGCAAAUGUGAAAAUCUUCAAAUCCCAGGGGACAGCCUUGGAUAAAUAUGCCAAGAAGUCAGUUAAGGUUAUCGUUGUGGGAAACCCAGCCAAUACCAACUGCCUGACUGCCAUGAAGUCGGCCCCAUCCAUCCCCAAGGAGAACUUCAGUUGCUUGACUCGUCUGGAUCAUAACAGAGCUAUGGCUCAAGUUGCUCUUAAACUUGGCGUGACUGCUCGAGACGUAAAGAAUGUCAUCAUCUGGGGGAACCACUCCUCGACUCAGUAUCCAGAUGUCACCCAUGCCAAGGUGAAGUUACAGGGAAAGGAAGUUGGUGUUUAUGAAGCUCUGAAAAAUGACAGCUGGCUCAAGGGAGACUUUGUCUCGACCGUGCAGCAGCGUGGCGCCGCUGUCAUCAAGGCUCGGAAGCUGUCCAGUGCAAUGUCAGCUGCGAAAGCCAUUGGCGACCACAUCAGGGACAUCUGGUUUGGAACCCCAGAGGGCGAGUUUGUGUCCAUGGGAAUCAUCUCUGAUGGAAACUCCUAUGGUGUCCCUGACGAUCUGCUCUACUCAUUCCCUGUCGUCAUCAAGAAUAAGACCUGGAAGAUUGUUGAGGGUCUCCCUAUCAAUGAUUUCUCACGUGAGAAGAUGGAUCUUACUGCAAAGGAACUGACAGAAGAAAAAGAAAGUGCUUUUGAAUUUCUUGCCACUGCCUGACUAGACAAUCAUCAUCAUGUUACUAAAUGCCCCAGAGCUGAGGAAUCUAAAUGUCGUCUUUGACUCUAGUACCAAAUAAUAAUAAAGCUAUACUUAAAUUACUUGUUGGGAGAAAAAAAAAGUCACAUUUUAGGGAUCACGUGCUUCUUGGUACAGAUUUGUGAUAGUUUAUCAUCAUGGUAUCAGUGUUGCAUUCUAAAUAAAAAUAUAUAUUCAAAUGAAAA